AUCUAUGUUGUAAUUAUGUCAUAGCAUAAACGAACUGCUGAAUCAUUUUUGUAACUGGUUCUUUAACUGUUCAAAGGAGUCUUUGACUCGCUGCAUGCUUUCCUUCCAGGUCGCAGGCGGAUGACGUAAGCGGCGCGCGCCUGUUUUGAUCUGUGUGAAGAAACAUGGCUCUUUUCCUGUCCUUCGCUGAGCUGUCAGGCAAUAACAGAUCUACUGGUGCUGGAGCUCCAGCAGAUCUGGAAUGGCUGAGUAAUCAGAGCUUCAGCACAGAAGAUGCUUUGAAGACUCACCAGUGGGCCACAGAGAGAGUGCAAGCAGAGGCAGAAGAACCAGCAGGCAAAAGAGAGCAGAAGCGUAGAGAGAGAAGACAGCCAUGGCUGAUCGAAGAAGAGAAGGAAAAGAAGAAAAAACACAAGAAGAAGAAGAACACAGAUAACUCGGAAAGCAGUGGAUCUGAAUCAGACACAGUUUACCCCAGUGACCCAUUAAAAAAGGAGAAUGCUGACAGAGAGGAAGCUCAGGUUCGGGUGAGCGAGACCUUUAUCUGGCUGGAUGACCUCCAGACCCCCACUGACUCCCCCUUCUGUAUUGACAGAAGAGCUGACCGUGCCAACUGGGAAUACAAAUCUCUCUAUAGGGGAGACAUAGCCAGGUAUAAGAGGAAUGGAGGCUCAUGCCUGGGGUUAGACGUCAGGAUGCAGGCUGUGAACUGGAACGAUGGUGGCGCUGAGAAGAAGCGAGUGGAAGGCUAUUUCUGUCCUUUCACCCGUCAGCUGCUACAGUCAGAUAGUCUGUCUGCUUUCCCCGUAGUCUCUGAGGGCAAUGCCGUCAGAACUGAUACCUACAUCAAGCUCUCAGCCUGCACUGAAGAGCAGGGCUCUUCCAUCCAGGCACCCUUAUCGUGGAUAAAUCCGCUGGGCAUCUAUGACCGUGGAACCUCCCUUUGGCUGGAGGGCAAGGGUCAACCGGAGGUCAAGGGAGAUCAGCAGGAUGUUGAGGCUCAAGGGAGCAGCAGGACCCUUCUGAGUCCACGGGUGGAGGAGUUUAACAGGAAGCUAUAGGAGAAUCCUACGGACACUCAGCUGUGGCUGGACUUUGUACACUUCCAGGAUGAACUGGCUUUUGGUUCUAGGUCAUUCUCUGCUGCCAGUGACACUGACAUUGAUGGUGAGAUGAAGAAGAUGUCUCUUCGUGCUGUGCUGGAGAAGAAGCUGUCCAUUGUGGAGAGGGCAGUGGAAAGUAACCCUGCCAACGUGGACCUGAAACUGGAGAAAUUCGGCCUGUGCAAGGAACUAUGGGAGCGUACCACACUGCAGAAAGGGUGGAAGAAACUAGCGUUCAUCCAUCCAAACAGCGCGCCUUUAUGGAGGAAGUAUCUUCUCUUUACACAGAGUCAUUUCAGCACAUUCUCAGUGUCAAAGGUCAACAGCGUGUUCAGAAAGUGUUUAAGCACGUUCAGUGCAGUCCAAGAUGUCCAGGCACCCAGGAAGUGGAGGACCUCUAAACAAAGUGUUCUCUCUUGUCUGGCAGAUAUCUUUCUACAGCAGUGCCAUUUCCUGCGGCAGGUGGGUCACACUGAGAAAACUGUGUGUCUCUUCCAAGCCCUUCUGGACUUCACUUUCUUCAAGUCUGACAGUGUGAAAAACCUUCCCACUAGACAACAGACAUGGGGACUAGAUGAGGAUGACGACGAAGAGCAGGAUGACUCCGAGAUCAAAGACGAGACCUGGCCUAAGUGGAAGAUCUGGUUAGAUGUGGAGGCAUCCCGAGAGGCAAACCACUGGUUCCCAUGGAGACCAGAUAAAACAAAGGGCCAAUCAGAAGAGGACUGUGAAGACCCCGACAGGCAGGUCUUGUUUGAUGAUAUCGGCCCAUCUAUGAUUCAUGUGGACAGACCAGAUCUCCAGCUGCAGUUGAUCCUGUCAUUCCUGCAGUUCCUAGGUCUGCCUGGACCUUCAGGAAGGUUCUCUACAACCUCUUCCUUAAACAUUCUAUUGGACGAUCUCGCCUUCCUUGAAGAGGGUCCAGACCCGGAGCGACCACUGACCUCUCUAUUAGUCAUAUUCCUAAUUAUAUUAAAUGUGCUGAGAUGUCUACGCAGUGGAAAUAAAAGGCGACUGAAGUCUCAGGGGAAGCGUAGUAAACGGUUAGCGAAAUGACUGAUAAAAGAGCCAGAUAACAGGGGCAGACUGGCACUUUGGAGAGAGUAUGCCCAUUUGGAGUGGCUUCUGGGUAAUCUGGAGGAGGCACGCAAAGUAUUUGACACUGCCUUGGGCAUGGGCGUGACUACAGGCCUUAAUGAUCCUGUUCUCUGUAACCUCUGCUUUCUCUAUGCCCAAUUAGAGGUAGAGCAGGCCUGAAACAGUGGGACAGUCCCCACUUCCAAAGCUGUCUACAUUCUCACUAAAUUAGCCGAGGGCACAGGCAGCAUACUGGAGCUCCAGUUUGCUGUCAAACAUGUCGCACUGCUGCACCACCACGCCAACACCAGUGUGUUUCCUCUCUCUCAGCUAAGACUAGCACUUACAGAUGCCCUCUCCUUACUACCCUUCAGCGCCUCAUUAUGGCAACUCUACCUUCAAACAGAGAACCGCUAUCACAACGCAGGCCAUGCCCGCAGGUUUUUCCACAGUGUGGCAAAGAAAACGAACAGUAUUGUGCCGUGUCUGUUCGCCAUUACUUCAGAGCAACGACUGAGACAGAUGCUGGUCUCUGUUCAGAGGUCUCAUCGUCCUGGAGAAGCCCUGCCUACCAUGCCAAAUAAUGGUCUUAGCAACCGUAUCUGCUGUUUGUUUGAAAACGCUACAGCAACUGAACAUGGGGCCCACUGUCCUCUGCUCCAGAGAAUGUAUCUGAACUUCAUGGUAUGUGAUGGGAAUGCAGAGAGGGGCAGUGGAAUCCUCUACAAGGCCCUACAGGCAGUGCCCUGGGUUAAGGGCUUGUACAUGGAUGCAGUGCAGCUGUUCCCUGAACGUGUGCAAGAGUUUUUAGACCUUAUGACUGAGAAGGAGUUGCGUCUGUGAGUGCCCAUGGAGGAGGUGGACAUCUUGCUGGAGGACUAGCCAUCAAAACCCUUCCCAUAACAACAGCUUAAAAAAAAAAAAGUUUUUUAUUUUUAUUUUUCCAUGAUUUUGGAAAUAAAUGAUAUAUUGAGUAUUAA